CUUCCCUGGGGAAAAUGGCAGCCAAAGGGAACAAGUCCUUACUACCAGUAAUCGUAUUCGCGAAUAGAUACACUUUAUGCCUAAUCUACAAAAGGAAUUUUCGAACUCGAUAAAUAAUAAAAUUGCUGUAAGUUCAUAUUACAUCUCUAACUCCCAAUUGUUUCAUUCUACAUUCGACACAUCAGCCAGACGAUUUCGGGGAUUACAUCAAAGUCAUUUACACAUUCGCGCGCACUGGCUGAAAGCCCUAUUUUUAAACAGUACAAGUGGUUCCAUCUCUCCAAGAAGAAAUAAAGUAGGCAGAAAUUGAGUUGUAGAGAUUCAGAAAGUGCUUGUAGUGCCAUCUUGUAAUGGAUGGUCUCCAACAUAUUAUGGUAUCUUGUAGGUAAGAAUGUGUGGUAAAUACAUGCGUCGAUUUUGUGCUACGUGGGAAUAACCGGACUCGUGAUACGUGAAGACGAAUUGUCAGAAGAAUGACAACAACGAAUUAUUUAGAUUUGGAUAUCAAUAAAUUGUUUGAGGAGCACACGAUAAAAGAGAUCGAGGGUAUUCAAAAAAAGAUUCAGUAUGAAAGUGACAGGAAAAAAAUCGAACUUAGAACUUUAGUAGGAGAAAGAUACCGUGAUCUUAUAUUGGCUGCAGAUACAAUUGGGAAAAUGAAAUUAACUUCAGAACGUGUUCUUUCAAGAAUUAUUAAUAUCGAAAACAAAUUUGGAGAAUUGCAGAAAAAGUAUCUGAUUGGUUUCAAACUAGACCGUAUUGAGAAUACAGAUGACAGAUACAAUGAAGUUCAGGAUUCGGUUAUUAUUCAAAUCAAAAUUUUAAUGGACAUACCUCAAUAUAUUUGGUCCAGUAUUGAGAACAAAAAUUUGUUGUUUGCUGCACAGUUAUAUUUAGUAGCACAGCAUAUAAAUUAUAGUUUAUUAUUUGAAGUGGGAAGUACAGAUUUAUCAAAUAAGUAUCCAAUUGUAUCCAAACAAUGGGAUGUAAUUAGUCAGUUUAAAAAUUAUAUACUUAAUGAAUGCAAUAAAGUAUUACAGUCAUUGAUUGUACAACCAGAGAGCAUAGCUAAUUCUUUAGCAGCACUUGUCUUAUUAAAUGGAUCAACAUUCUCAGAGUUGUUGGAGAAAUUAAUAUCAAUGCGUAAUCAUACAAUCCAGUCCAUAGUUACAGAUGAAAAUGAUAACAGCGUUAAAAGCAAGAUAAAACUUUGCAUUGAAAUAUUAAUCCAAACCAUUGAUUUAGUAUAUUCUUGUUUCAUAAAUACAGCUGAAAAAUCAGGAGGUCUUGUUUUGCAAUACAUAAAAAAAGUUCAAGAUCAAGAAACGUAUUCAUUACUUUCUCAAUUAAAUUUAGAUCAAGAAUUAUUAAAAGAAUUUCUUCCUCCAGUUAUAAAACAACAUAAACCGUUUGCUAUAGAAACUCCAGAAAAUUUUUCUUUACCGGAUCUUCAAAAAAGUAUUAAAUCCUGGCUCGAAUGGGUCAGUAAAUUUUGCAACAAUGAAGUUAUAAACCUUCUGAAUCUAGUAGUAUCAAUAAAAGGCUUGUACUAUGUUCGGGAGGAGGCAGUUAGUAUUAAUUUACCCGAAAAUUGGAAUGCUAUAUGGGAAGACCUUUCUCUUCCAAGAAUAACAUUCUGGGUGGAAUUUUUUCAACCUCUAAUAUCUCACAGAGUAAAAAGUAUUAUAAACGAUAAAUGGAUAGAAAGUACAAGCGUAUUAAAGUCCGACGUAGUCGAGUUACUUAGCAAAGUAAUUCACGAUAAGUUUGAAUACCCGGAACACGAUUUACGAUGGUUCGUUUGGAAAGAUUCUCCCAGUGAUAUUCCACAAAAACUUACCAAAAAUGGUGGACUGGAUAAUAAGAGAUCGUUACUAAUGAAGACUAAAGGAUAUUCACCAAACAUCCUUAAACUGUGUGAAAGCUUUGAUACAAGUUUGCAAGCUUUGCUUUCAGAUUUGGAACAAUAUUUAUACGAGACCGAACGUGUAAUGUCCAUUAAGAACAAUCUACUAUCUACAAAUAUCUAUUUAAUUUCUGAUACGUUUUCUGAUCGCACAGAGAUUCAGGAACAUUUACAAACUGUUAGCAGUAACAUGAUAGAGGAGUUUGUGAAUUUUGUGAGAAGUACGUGCGUGAACGAUAAACCCGAACAUGGUCAACGCGACAUAAAUGCUAUUGUGAUGGCAAGGUUUCUCUUGGCAUUGACAUUAUUAUGUUCCAAUUUAAAUAAAUGUUUCACGCUUUCGAAGGUAUCGGGAUUAACUAUUACAAAUGUCAAGUGGCAAUCAGUUUGCGAUAAAUUAAAGGAAGAGAGUACUUCUAUGUGGUCAAUUUGGGCUAGAAUGUACAAGAGUAAAAUAAGUGAACACAGAGAGAAGUUUAUAUCCAAAGAGCCUCUUGGUGGUUUUCCAAUUCACUUAGUCAUUUCUGAAUGGGAAAAGAUAACCAUCGAAGAAGAUUCUGGAGAGGGUAAAAGGAUAAAGUCAGAAAUUUUAGUACCUUAUCAGCCGUCCAUACAAUUACAAAAAUUUUUAACCGCUAUUAGUAAGGAUUUGAACAAAAUAAUACCACACACUCUUCCAAAGAGAAUUUUACAUGAAAUCAUAGAAGAUACAGCGAUGGAAUUAUUAAAUUAUUUUGCAACUACAUCACAGAACACUAAUCUCUCACAAAAACAAGCACUUCAAGUGUUAUUCGAUAUAAAGUAUUCCACUUUACUCAUGGUGCCGCGUGACCAUAAAACACUUUCUGACUUGUCAACAAAAUCUUAUGAUAGUGUAGUGGCAAAAAUAGAUCCAUUCGAUUAUGAUGUUUUUAAUCCUUUUAUUUACACCAAUGUAAAGAAAAGUGUUCAGAGAUCUCUACUUAUACUGGGAAAUUUAGUACCCCAUUUGGAACAGCUUCAUUCAAUUUUGGGUUCUCGAAGCGAGUACAAUAACGCCGAAGGUGUGAAAUCAGACUUGCCUUCAGUACUGGCUCUAUGUACAGGUGCACCCUGGUUCCCACCGCUGACCGUAACAGCUCCAACUAGAAAUUUGCCUCUUGUGGCAGUAACUUUACCGGAGAAGACACAGCGCAAAAAGAUGCCGAAUAAGGAAAAUACAAAGAGCGAUUCGACCGGAUCAUCCAUUAAGUCUGGAGCAGCAGCAUUUUUUGGAGCAAUGGGCUCCGAUUGGUUUAGCAGUAGUUAACUUAUUUAUUGAAUCACACGAAUUGUAAAUAUUAUUGAAUGUAUAUACAUCUUGAGUACAUUUAUGUAAAUAACGUAUUAUUGAAAUAUUGCCUUUUUGACAAUGCUGUCAGUAUCGAAUAAAGUAUUUUAUACAAUC